AUGGAAGGCCUUCUAUUCAACGUGAACAAUGGCUACAUCGAGGGCAUUGUUCGCGGUUAUCGCAACAGCCUUCUAACGACCCCAGCCUACAACAACCUGACACAAUGCGAGACCAUUGAUGACCUGAAACUGCAGCUUGGCCCUGCUUACGGCGACUUCCUCGCAUCCCUUCCUCCAAACCCAUCAACAUCUGCGCUUGCUUCAAAGACAACAGACAAGCUCAUCUCAGAAUUCCGAUAUGUUCGCGCUAAUGCUACGGGCGCCUUGGCUCAAUUCAUGGAUUACGUGACGUACGGCUACAUGAUUGACAACGUCGCCCUGCUAAUCACCGGCACCCUGCACGAACGAGAUACCCGAGAGCUCCUGGACAGAUGCCACCCGCUGGGAUGGUUUGAGACCAUGCCUGUGCUAUGCGUCGCGACCAACGUUGAAGAGCUCUACAACAGCGUGUUGAUUGAGACUCCGCUCGCCCCAUACUUCAAGGGCAGUCUUAGCCACCAAGAUCUAGAUGAGCUCAACAUCGAAAUCGUCCGAAACACCCUUUACAAGAACUACCUUGAGGACUUUUACAACUUCGUCAACUCCCACUCGGAAAUGUCUGGGACGCCUACUGCCGAGGUCAUGUCUAACAUCCUUGAGUUUGAGGCAGACCGCCGAGCCAUCAACAUCACCCUCAACUCUUUCGGCACCGAGUUGACCAAGGCAGACCGCAACAAGCUGUACCCGACCUUUGGAAAGCUGUAUCCCGAGGGAACCUUGAUGCUCUCUCGAGCAGAUGACGUUGAAGGCGUGCGUCUUGCAGUUGAUGGCGUUCAUGAUUACAAGACCUUCUUUGAUGCUGUAUCCCUGGGCGGCUCCGGCGGCCCCGGCAACAUGGGCGGCGGUUCCUCCGAUGGCAAGAGCUUGGAGGACAUGUUUUACCAGAAGGAGAUGGAGAUUUCCAAGGAUGCAUUUACGCGACAAUUUACCUAUGCCAUCGUCUAUGCGUGGGUGAAGCUUAGAGAACAAGAAAUCCGCAACAUAACAUGGAUUGCUGAGUGCAUAGCUCAGAACCAGAAAGAUCGCAUCGGAAACUUUAUCAGCGUUUUCUAA